AUGGCCGGUGUGAAACGUCCCGUCGAUGCCAAAGAAGACCGCAAUGGAAAGCGGAGCAAGCAGGCCUCCGCACCCGCGAAGAAAUCUAAGGUCGCUGCGCCAGUGAAGUCUAAAUCGAAGGACGUGAAGUCUGGAAAGAGCGACAAGAAGUCGUCGAAGAAGGUCCAGAAGGAGGAAUCAUCCGAGGACGAGGACGAGUUCGAUAUUGACAACAUUUCUUCCGACGAUGAUCUCGACGAGGUUGAUGAGAUUCCCAAGGAGGAUGUUGAUAUGGAGGAUGUGAGCGAUGAGAAGGAAGCCGCCGAGGAUGAUGAUGAGGAAAUGGAGGAUGACAAGCCUGAAGGCCACAGAAACCCCAAUGCGAAUGCGUCUCGCGAGUCCCACAUCAAGCAAAAGGCUCUUCAACAGGAGCGCAAGGCCGCGAAGCCCAAUGCCGAUAUGAUUGCCCGUUCCAAGAAGCUCUGGGAGCAGCUGCGCCGCAAGUCCCACGUCCCUCUGGAGCAGAGAAAGAAGCUCAUCAAGGAGCUGUUCGAAAUCAUCACUGGCCGCGUUCGGGAUUUCGUGUUCAAGCACGACUCUGUUCGUGUCAUUCAGACCGCUUUGAAAUACGGAAACUUGGAGCAGCGCAAGGGAAUUGCACAGGAAUUGAAGGGAAGCUACAAGGAAUUGGCCCAGAGCCGUUACGCUAAGUUCUUGGUUGGAAAAUUAAUUGUCCAUGGUGAUUCUGAGACUCGGGAUCUCAUCAUUCCCGAGUUCUACGGACAUGUCAAGCGCCUCAUUCGCCACCCCGAGGGCUCUUGGAUUCUUGAUGAUAUCUACCGCACAGUCGCCACAAAGGAGCAGCGCACAAGAAUCCUGCGCGAGUGGUACGGCCCCGAGUUCAUUCAUUUCCAGGAUGACAAGGAGAAGUCGGCGGACCUCCGCAAGAUUCUGGAGGCCUCCCCAGAGAAGCGGAAUCCCAUUAUGAACUUCCUCCGUGAGCUGAUUAACCAGCUGGUUCAGAAGAAGUCCACUGGUUUCACCCUUCUGCACGAUGCUAUGCUGCAAUACUUCCUUGCUACCAAGCCCGGUAGCUCUGAGGCGAACGAGUUCAUUGAGUUGAUCAAGGGCGACGAGGAGGGUGAUUUGGCGAAAAACUUGGCUUUCACUCAGUCCGGUUCGCGCCUGAUGAGCUUGACUCUGGCUUAUGCCAAUGCCAAAGAUCGUAAGCUGCUUUUGCGUUUCUUCCGCGAAACCAUCAAGGCGAUGGCUGGUGAUAUGAACGGCCACAUGGUCCUGCUUGCCGCAUACGAAGUUAUUGAUGACACAAAGUUGAGUUCCAAGGCCAUCUUCCCCGAACUCUUGAACCAGAACGACCCCGAGGAAGCCCGCCAUGAAGAAUUGCUCUACCAGAUCAACGAUCUGACUGCCCGUGUUCCCAUUCUGUUCCCCUUCGCUGGCGACCGCGUUAAGUGGCUCCUGCCCGAGCAGGACCACGAGGUGCUCAAGGAGGUCCGUGAGGUCCGGAAAGAGACCUCCAAGAAGGAUGCCUCCAUCCGACGCCAAGAGUUGGUCAAGGCCGCAUCAGCGACCUUGCUCGAGCUCAUUGCCGCUCGUGCCGAGACUCUGCUUGAGACUACAUUUGGUUGUCAGCUCAUCGGUGAGGUACUCUUCGAGGCCGAUGGCAACAAGGAUGCCGCCCUUGCGGCUGUAGCCCAAGCCGCCAAGGCCAAGGCCGACACCCCAGACUCCUCCGUUGGACGUCUUCUCAAGUCACUUGUGCAAGGCGGCCGGUUCAACCCCGCCGAGAAGACUGUCGAGAAGGUGGAACCCGCACUCAACUUCCACGGUUUGCUCUACGAGCAGAUCCGCGAUGAGAUUGUGGAGUGGGCUACCGGAGCGAACGUGUUUGUGAUUGUCGCCUUGGCUGAGUCAGACGACUUUGAGAAGAAGAGCGAGCUGCUCAAGACUCUCAAGAAGAACAAGAAGGCGCUGGAGCAGGCCUCGGCGUCGGGCGCAGAGGGCAAGAAGGCCGGCCCGACCAGCAGCGGCGCCAAGUUGUUGCUGCAGAAGCUAUAA